AUGUCCUCAGAACGAGGUUGUGAUGCGGGGACCGGAGUGAGCCCAGAAGUGGCAUCCGACGUGUUCAUACCGUACAUCAAGCACACUUUCCUGGCAUCUCCGCCGGAGAGACCUCCGGAGCUUGGAGGACGGAGCCGCUCGGAGGAGUGGGGCAGCUGCUGUGACCGCUUCGCGGUGCAGGAAUUGGUAGUUCAAAGCAAUGACAAUCGGGAAGUGCUGACCGCGGCCAGCGACGCGGAGAUCAUGCCAGAGCCUCCUCGGGAGCUGUCAGACGAGGCCCUGCGUCUCGUGCCUCUAGACGAGGAUGGCAAGCUGACUUCAAUCGGGUCCACACUGCACGCGGAGGGCGAGUGCCGCCCCUGUGCCUUUCUUAGCUCCAUCCGUCGGCCAUGCCGCAAUGGAGCCGCAUGUCUGUUCUGCCACUUUUCGCACGAAGCACGCUACAAGCUGCGCCUUGGGCGGCGGAAGAGGAAAGAAAUGCGGACUGGCGCGAAUGCAGCCUUGGAGGCGCUACUGUGA